AUGAAGACUUUCAGCGCUACUGUCCUUGCUCUCCUCGCCGCCUCGUUGGCUGGCGCUCAGACUCUGGCCCCUAGCCCGACUGAGUCCAUCGGUUGCGAGCCUCACGGCGACCACUGGCACUGCGAUGGUCCCGCCAGUGCCACUGGUACUGCUGGUGCUGUCACCACCAGCACCCAUGACCACGAGGACCACGACGAUCACGAGGACGAGACUGGCACGGCAUCGCUCGCUCCCAGUCCCACCGAGUCCAUCGGGUGUGAGCCGCACGGUGACCACUGGCACUGCGAUGGCCCGGCCACUACCACUGGUGGCUCAGUUGGUGCUGCGACCACCACGGCUUCUCACUCGCACACGGAUGAUGACCACACCGACCACGCCAGUGGAACCGGUUCUCUGGCUCCCAGCCCGACCGAGUCCAUCGGUUGUGAACCCCACGGUGACCACUGGCACUGCGACGGCCCUGCUUCCACUAGUGGUGCUCCCGUCUCGACCCGUUCUUCCACGGCCACUACGUCGUCCACUGUUGUUCCGGCGGCAGCCGGCGCUGUCAUGCUCAACAGGGCUGCCGUAGUUGGUGGCCUGCUGGCUGCUGUUGCCUUGUAG